AUGGCCUUGCAGAAUGCCCCAUCCGCCACCCGUUUCGUGACCCACAAAAAGUGUCCCUUUGCACAAAAGGCCUGGUGCGCCCUGGAAUGUUUGCAAACACCCUACCAACUCGAAGAAAUUCCCCUGUACGGUGCCAACGGCAAGCCCGACUGGUUUUGGAAACUCAACCCGCAAGGAACCGUCCCGGUACUGGUGUGUCACGGGGGCGCCGUUGUUUUUCCCGAUUCCGACGUGAUCCUCGAUCAAAUUGAAAAGGGAGUCGUCAAGGGUGCCGUUUCGUUGUACCCCGACGACAACGAAGGUGACCAAAGACGCAUUCGGGAAUGGCGGGAUCGUAUCAACGCAAUGUUACCAGUUGGUAAAUUGUGUGUUCUCGACCAAUCCGCUGUUGCCUUGCAACCUUUGCUACAAAGUAUGGAUCAAGCCGUUGUGGGUCCGUAUUUAGUAGGGGAGCAAAUCACGACCGCGGAUUGUCACGCUUUUCCUUUUCUAUGGCGUCUCAACGACGAAUUUGAUCUCACGGAAUAUAAAAGGCUGCAAUCGUGGCUGAAGACGUGCGAAGAACAAACAGCUUUUCGGAAAACGAUCCAGUCCAGCUGGUGGUGGUGGUGGUAA